CUGGAUCAGUUUCCCAGUUUAAAGGAACACAAAUGUGGCAGAGAGUACAUUCUUAUCCCGAAUGAGUCAAACGUGCUCAAUAACAUUAGUGAAUCAGAUAGCGAAGGGGACGCCCUAGGGUUUAAUCGCUUUAUUAACAAUGUGAGAAGUUCUGUUUUUUCUUCAAAUGUGGCAUUCAGAGGAGAGUUUGAAGAAAACUGUGAAGAAAAGGCCAUCCCUUCUUCAUUACUUGCCACAAUUAAUAUGUUAUUGUAUGGCUCAGCUGUGCAUACUGAGUGUCGCGCCUCAAAACCUGGCGUGACAAUAUGCCAAUUAAUUAUGUUCAACAUGCUUCAAGCCUUACCCAAAGGAAAUAUAAUCAGACAUAAAAAAAAGCUUGAACCACCAUUACCAAUUUAUCUUGGACUCUCGAUAUAUGCACGCAGUCGCAAUAAGCAACAGAUAGAUGAACUUCAUAAUUUGGGAAUUUCUAUAUCUUCUAAUCGAGUCAUGGAGAUCACAGCUCAGUUUUCUCAUGUGGUAGUUGGUAGAGCCGAAGAAGAAGGAGUGGUUUGCCCUUCCUCGUUGAAGAAAGGAUUAUUUACUGUCGCCGCCAUCGAUAAUAUUGACCACAAUCCUUCUGGUACGACCAGCGCAGGCUCAUUCCAUGGUACAGGAAUAUCUGUUUUUCAGUUACCUCUCAAAGAAGAAGAAGCAACUAUCAGAAAUUUUCAAAUCUCAUUUGAAGAUUUAGCGAACAACUUACGUAGUGUGCCUAACUUGCCAGAUUCUUUCGCUGUAGUUCCUGAUUACAUUUUUCACAAUAAGCAACCAGCUCCUUCAUCCUGUUCAGAGGAUAUCGCCCAAAGAAUGAGAGCCUCAGUGAAUGUCAUGAGCAUGUGGCAUCUGGGGAGUGAUUGGCUCAGUCACAUUCAUGUGCAAAUGAACGAACUAUGUGAAAAGAUGCCGCAAAAUAUAUCAUGGUCAUCCUUUCGCUCUAACGAAGUCAAAUACAAUGUUACAAUACUGAAAUCCAUCAGCACAUUGCUGCCGCUGUUCUAUGAGAAAUCUACGUCUCCGGCUAUGAUAAGACAUGCUUUGCGCUUGGGAAAUUUCACAGAGUACACAGAGUCUUUACUGCGGAUGAUUCCUUGGUUUUUUGCUUUUAGUCAUUCAAAUUACGCACGUUGGAUAUCAGUGCACGUUAAAGAUCUCUUGGAACUGGAAACAAAAUUACCCAAUGUCUACCGCGAGUUCAUGCUUGGUAACUUUGUUGUCCAUAAGUCGGGCUGCAUCUUCUCUGCUGUUGGUAUAGAUCAAGCCCACGAACAAAAUAAUGCUUUAAUUAAAGCUGAUGGUGGAGCUGUUGGUCUCCUCCACGAUGCCACUGCUCUUAAACGAUGGAUGAUUGCAGGACCCGAGAUUAGUGGCCUACUUUCUCAAUUCCAAGAAAACAUCGCUGGGGUUGAUAAAAAAGGCACACAUCAUCAUGAACAAUACUCUGCCUUCCAAAAAUCCUUUUAUGAAAAAUGCCUUGCCCUCAAAGAAAGCUUUAUUCAAGCAGAAAAUCCUUUUAAAAUAAGAAGUGAAGACCUGAUAGCCCUAGAUACUAGAAUGGUGGCUGACGAAGAAGGUGUUGCGGCUCUUCAUGGAGCUGAGACAAUAGGAAAUGACUUAUUUCAUGAAUUUAUUGACAGACUCGUAUUAGCACCAACCUCGUUAUAUUCUCCAAUCAAGAAAAGCAAUGUAAAAAUUUUCUGUUUUAAAAAAAAGAAACUGGUGCGAGUGGCACCAAACCAACAGCUUAAAUCUGAUGCUCAACUGUUCUCCCGGCUGUUUAUUGUAAGUUCUUCUCGCCGUUUAGACUUGGAUAAAUUUUUUGAACAUGAAAAUCAGUCAUUUCCGCCCGCAAUAUCAGUUUCUGGAGAACUUCGCACUGGAUCCAAGAGUACACUUGUCUCAAUUUUAGAAAACCUUUGCCGGGAAAUUCAACAACCACAGCCAACCAGUUGUGACGCAGUUGUGUACGAUGGCGCAGCUUUAGUACAUUUUCUGAAACCUUCCCGUACAAUCAAACUAUUCUCUGAAUAUCGAGCUCAAGUUAAAUCUCAUAUAGAAGUAUUUUGUAAGAAUCUCAAAGCAGAGCGUGUUGACAUAGCCUGGGAUUUAUAUAGAGACGAUAGCAUCAAGACCACAGCACGACAGUCGAGAGGUACUGGAGCUCGACGUCAGGACCUGCCCAACAAAGGAGAGCUUCCGAAAAAAUGGGACGAGUACCUUAAAAACUCAUCAAACAAAGUCGAGCUUUUCGAAUACCUAGCAAAAGGAUGUCUCGCAGAAAUAGAGGAGCUUAAUGUUGUCACUAAUGUUGGAGUCACACUUCGUGCAUCGGUUCCAGCUUCAUCUUCCCUCAACGAAGCUUUGUGCGAUCAAAUUGAAGAAGCUGAUGGACGAGUUAUACUACAUUUGGCUGACAUGAUGCUCACGGAAGAUCCCGGACCGGCCGAUUCGCACGAAGCCAUGAACAAUCGCGAUUUCAAGUCGCACCUACGUAAAAAAAGAAGCUUCGAAUUUCUCGUCGGUUUGGUUAAUAAUAAUUCCAAAUACGAAGUCAUCAGAUCCGAUCCGGCUAUGACCAGCCCUAAAAUCAACAAGGUUGGAAGCUUAGACCAAGACCUAAUCAGCUCCGAUAAUAUUUUGAGGCACCAAAAGCAACUGGAGGAAGAAUAUUUGGAAACAAACAUGAAAAGGAAAAUCGAAAAUAAUAUUUCUAAUCAUUAUAAGUUUGAUUCAACAACCAUAAAGUGGCCAACGUUUGACGACAUAGAAAAUGUUGGUUCAGCUGCAAGUACGCAAAUAGCUUUUUUGAAAAAAGGGGGCAAGAACAGCGAAAAUAGGAACUCACAGAAGAAUUUUGCAUAUCAUAAAGUAACUGGUAAGCCAGCUCAUCUUAAGAAAAACCCGACGGCUUACAUCGCAGUUUCGGCGAUAUCGCCUAAACCAUCGGAGCCCGGCGAGGAUUUAAUCUUGGAGACGGAGCUGCAUCAGCUCAAACCCUGGAAAAAUAAAGUGACUACGAAGAAGGUCUAA